CAAUGGUAGCGCCAGAAAACACCUAGCGGAUUUUGAGUGCGUCAACACCUUGAGGCGACUACUUUGGGGUUUCGCACUAUAUGUUUUCUCAGCUUUAGCAGUCGCCUGUGGUCAUCUGUGUGGUCGAGUGUGGAGUAUCUGACGUGGGUGGUUUUGAGAAGAUUGGCACUAAUAUGAAGACAGCUAUCGCUUCGAAUUCACGCCCGUGGUGCAUCGCAGCGUGUCGACUGCCUUCAACGUCAACGAGCAUCUCAUAAUGACUGAUAUAUGGAAAUAUUCGCGCGUAUCGAAAAGCAGCAGAUCACCCGGUCUUCCAGGGGCAUAAGAUGAUCGAAGUGCAAGCAAAGCUGCUGCGCGAUGUGGUCUAUGUCGCUGGGGACAGUGUUGAAUGUCUGGUCACCUUCACCAACAAGCAGGCCGAUGAAAACUGCAACGAGCCGAAUGGAAACAGUAUCAAGAGAAUGCCUGAGAACAUCGCCUGGGCCAGCGCUCAGAUCCACUGCCACUGCUCCGUGGACGAGUCAAAAGUCCGAUUUCCAAAAUCUCCGUCUCAAGAGCAGAUAGCCACCGGCUCUAAGGACACCUCGUUUAUCCCGUGCCGAGGUGAAGGUGAAAAAGGCUACGUUGUAUUCUCCUCAAAGCCCAAGAUCUUAUUCUGUGACCUCCGGCUGCUACCCGGUGAAAGCAAAUCAUUUAUGUACAAGGAAGUCAUUCCUUCCUCUGUACCACCAUCGUACAAGGGCCAGGCAGUUCGGUAUGCUUACAAGGUCACCAUCGGAGCACAGAGGAUCAAUGCAUUGACAAGGCUGCUCCGGAUACCGAUCAAGGUCUUUGUGGUUGAAGGCCUGAUGGAAGCACUGAAGGAGCGUUUGGCCAAAGCAGCUCCCAGCAACCCAUUCCUCCCCACAGCAAGCCGCCAGUCAGUGCUCGAAGUAGCUGUAGAUUUUUUGGAAGACCUGACGUCUCGAAGAAGGCCUAGCUACUACAACGUGACGCACCAGAAUGGACGUGUUGUGCGCUUUUGUCUGCUCAAGUCCUGCUUCCGCCUCGGCGAAGAUAUUGUUGGCAUGUUUGACUUCUCCGAGGCAACGGUGCCCUGCGUGCAGUACUCGGUGACGCUGCAGAGUGAAGAGCACAUUUCUGCAGCGGCGUCGGCCACGGGCGAGGCUGUGCAUUCCACGCUUGGGCAUUGCCGGCAGCACGCCUUUUGCCUGCACCUACGCACCACACACCUGCAUCUACCUGUGCCACUACACGUCACUCCAACGUUUGGGUCUGAUAUUGCUGAACUGCGUUGGAAGCUCCACUUUGAAUUUGUGAUGACUACGUCCCCAGUGAUGCAGCCCGGUCAGAAGGUACCGGGCUCCGGCGAUUGGCAACCGCCCGCAGUGCUGGACGUGCAAACUAUGGUGUGGGACUUGCCUAUCUGCCUGUACCCGACGCAUCCUGGCCACGUCAGCAGUGCCCUCAAAGCACCGUCACAAAUGACCCUGCAAAUCUGCUGACCAUGGGCCAGCGACAGCGCUACUCUCAUGCCUAGAAGUUGCUCUAACCCACAGCCGACGAAGAGUGUGUGGCUUGUUGCAGUUCGUGCUUCAUGCGAGGGGACCUCUAUAGAGCUGAAGCCACGUCUACUUGGCUAAAUGCACUCGAGCUUGCACGCAGCCGUAAACAUUUAAACAUUUCAUCCUUCACUUACCUCAAAGAUGGCUGCUGUUUUAUACAGUCCUGUUUUAAAGUUCCCAAGCGCACUAGAAGAGCUAACUGCAGGUCAGGUGCAGUAGAGACAGAGCUGUGCUGUCAACUCUCUUUGUAAAGCCGGGAAUGCCACACCAGUUCCACGAAUCGGUUCAGAAGUAAUUGCAGCCGCGUUAAUUGUGGCUUGACAACUAUUUUUGUGCACCUCUCCGAAGACGUGUUGCCGACGAGGCCAACUGGCUGCAGAAUCGCAGAGUUGUGUGCAGGCUUGAGAGACCUGCUUUUGCUUGUAGCAUGUUGUCAGGCUUCAGUUGUUUGUUUUGACAACACUGGGCCUUCUUAUUGUGUUAAUUGCCAUUAUUGGCUUGGGCUUUGCGUUGGAAAUGUUUCGUUUUAUUGCUUAAAGGGGCCUCACAAGCAUCCUUUGCGAGUUUAGGGCAAGCAAUUCAUUCCCAAUUUUUACGCUAGGUGUCGCUGUGUGAUUAUAUACAAGAUCGCACGGCUAUUUUGUCACUCUAGUAUGUUUAUGCGUUAGAAGUCUUGCAACUACUCCUACUUUGUCGCUUGAAUUAAUUAUUGUGUUGAUAUCGUAUGUCUAAAAGUUCAGCCAGUUCUUAAAUUCUUUUUUUGAUGCUCAAAGUACAAAGAAACGUGCAGUGUUGCGUAGUACUAGGAACGAAGACUGCACUCAGUUUUGUGCUCAAUCGCUCACGAAUGCCUGCGUGGCACGAUUGUGUUGUGCCGAAGUGCAUGAAGUAUGGUUUACUAGAGAGAAUUCCCCACCUUCCUAUUUCUUUUUAAUGUGUGCAUUCACAUGUAAUUCUCUCGCCACAUGUAUAUUGACUAUAGCUAUGAAUGCAUCGUGCGUGCGACUCUCCUGCUACCGAGUUCUCAGUGGAUAACACAAGGCAGGCGCCAGUUGGUGGUGCAAGCUUUAAGUGUUGUUUCAAUGAUCUAGCUGGGCUUGAUUACUUUUUCACAAACUAUUGAUGUGCCUGGUACAUUGUGUAAGAUAUCAGAAGAAUCUUUGCAAAUCAAGUGGUUGGAUCACUGUAAAUAGAUCAUAUUUGGCAGCUCCACUGUUACCAACAAGCAUUGAACAUGUGCGUUGUGCUUGUAUUUGUAAUGCAUAUGGUAUUGUUACUUCAUUGUGUUGCACAUUUUUUACUUGAGCUGUAUGUGCUCUGUGGGAUUCAUGCAAGGUGUAGGUGAAUAGCCUUUUUUUUAUGGUCGUUCGAUGUAUGGAAGGCUUUUUUUUUUUUCACUGUAGCGUGAUUUUAACACGAGUUGUGUAUUCGCACAUGAACGUAAUGCUGGUAUGGCCACCGUGAGAUCUUUCUUGCUUUUAGGAAGAUGUUUUUCACACACUUAUUGCUAACAUGCAGUUCCCAUACUAAUGUUGAAAAGAAAUAAAAAUGUUGCCAUUAA